AUGUUGAAUCUUUCUAAUAAGCUUGAUUUUGUCGUUGAAGGGUUGUUUGUACCUUGUUUAAUCGCGUCCACGGUUUUGUUGGACUGCCGUUUGGACCUCCCUUGUGUUGCGACGCGGUUACUAAAUGCAGAAUAUGACCCCAAGGCACGUAUUUAUGUGUCCCCCUGCUGUGCUUAUGGCGAGGAAAGAUCAACAGAGGCACUCUUUUAUGCUUCUGGAAUGAUGGUUUGCAUUGGAGGCAAGAGUGAGGCAGAGGCUCAAUUAGCCGCUCGAAAGUAUACGAGACUUAUCCAAAAGAUAGGGUUUCCCGUUAAAUUUAAGGAUUUCACAAUUGUGAGAAGUGCUACCUCAGGCUAUGUGAGUCUGUUGGAAGUCUUUGUUGCUUGGAUUUCGCUGAAAAAGGAGAUCUCUGUAAACACAUUUAUCCUGCUUACGAAAGAUCUUGUGGGGUACCCGAUGUUUUACAGUGCUAUUGGUCAACUGCUGUUUCAGCGCCUAAACUUGAUAGAGAUAAAAAUGGUGAAGCUUAAUACUCUGCUUAAUAGAGUAAAGGAGGAAAUCUCUGAGGACACAUGUAUCAAGCUUACAAAAGAGCUAGUGGGUGACUGGGUGUAUAAUGAUGCUUUUGCUCAAGUGUGUUCACAGAUGCGCUCUGAUGUACCUCUUCCUGAAAAGCCCAGGGUUGCUGAACAGUUGGUGGAAGGCUUUGGGUCCUCCAUAAAUGUGAGAUGGGUGUGA